AUGGCCCUGCCUCUGCCACCUAAACCACGCUCCACACUUUCCUCAUCAUAUACGGGGAAUCCACCAACGUCCAACGCUCCCCUCGGCACCGAAACCCCUCCCCCGCCGCCCCCGAAACCAAGCAGUCAUGAAGCCAGUCGUAAAGGCACACCCCAUACCGGCUCCCCAUUAUCUCUUCCCUCCGCACUACCCAGCUCCACAUAUCGAGAGUCUUCUACUACACAAGGCCAACCAGGCCUCCAUGGCGAUCCAGCAAUAGCCCGCCCGCCUGAUUCCUUGCCGGAUGACGCAUUCUCCACCGACAACCUUCCACAACCUCCAAAAGUAGAGGACGGUUGGCUUCCAGACAAUCUGAAAGAUAAAUCGACCCCGGACCUCCACUCCAUUCUCCAAAACCCCACCCUCCUCCAUGCCCUCGCAACCACCCACCCUUCCUACCCGGCUAUGCAAACCCACCUCACCACACUUUUGUCUGCCAUCAAACAACUAGCCAAACACCUUGUCUCCCUCGAAGUACACCUACAAAACCUCCGCGCCUCCACCGAAUCUCUCCUCCUCCACCACCAAUCCCUCGAACUAUCCUGGCGCAAGAAGCAGAGUGAGAUGGACUCUGCCUUGGAGCCCUGGUCGCCCAAAGCGUUGUAUCAGCGACUCGUGGCUGGCAUUGCGGAGCAAGAAGCUGUAUGUCGAGCAGUUGAGGAGAGCUUCUUAGAGAGUGAGCAGGGCAGUGAGGAGAAAGCUAGCGAGAGGGAGGUUGUGGAGUGGGUCAAGAGGAAGGCCGAGUUGCCCCCGAUAUCCCGACCAACUGCGUGUUAUAUGCCAGACUGA